AACAAACUGACAGGCACCAGAGCUGCAGAAAAUGCAUCGCUGUCUCUGCUGUUGCUGCUUCUCUAGUGAAAACUCCGAGAGCGAGAGGCAGCCUCUCCUGCAGCCCAGAGCAUCUGAGCUGAAUGAAAGUGCAUCAGCCAGGCAGAUCCAACCAGCAUGCAGUGCAAAGGCCGUGGGGCGGAUUGGCAAGGUGGUGAUUAAGCGAGUAGGUGUGCCAGAGUUGGAUCAGAGGUUUUCUGACAUGGCCGAGACCUUCAAUGAACAGCAGGAGCACUUUGAGGCCAUGGCCCGACACAUCAGGAGCCUGCAACAGAGCUGCGGCUGUGUCCAUGGUGAUACCUUGGCUUUUGCUGAAUGCGUGCGGAAGAUCAGAGAGGAGCAUCAAGCCACAUACAGGGUCUGUCUUAAGAUGAAUGGCUAUGACUUCUCCCUCAGUGUGGUUCCUGUGGGGCUAGAGGGAAAAGGUGAAGAGGAACCACUGCCUCCAAGUCUGAAGUUGGCUCAGGAGGAACUGAGGGGCACUUCUGAGAGCGCCAGAGCCACCAUGUCAAGGGGUACUACACUUAAAGAACUGCUCAACUGGCUGCUCCAUAGCAGGGAUCACAUGGCUGAACAAGUUAGGCAAGUAGCACCAUCUUACCAGGAGCACGGAAGACUGAAGACAAACCUGGAGGAGAACAUGAGGGAAGUGAAGAGGGCGAAGGAGUUGGCAGUGGGAUACAGACAACAAGCUGCAGAAGUCCUCACUGAGGCUUCACAGAUCGCAAGGUCUUACUCAUAGUUUAUUUUAAAUGCUUUCUUUGAAUCCACAAAUUACAUUUUAAGUUUUGUGUAUCUUUACAGUUUUUACACAUUCUUUGAUACUUAUAGAGAAAACACUUUUGUCAACUCUUGCUGUUUUUCUUGAUAAACUUGUCAGUUGCAAACCUAGUAAAAGUCACUUUGUGAACAUGCACAAGGCUGCCACAUAUCAGAAUCAGUAAUCUGUAUUCAUAUCCUGGCAUCUCCAACAACAUCAGGAAUGUUUGGAAUGUGACAGAACAGAUAAUACGACACAUACACACAGAAUGCCACUCAUGUAUGUAAAGAUACCAACUGUACACUGUGUUUUGCAGGCCUUUGCAAUGUCUUGUUUAAUGUUUGUUACAAGGACAUGAAGAUUUGCGAUCAUACCUGCCUUUGAAAUAUUUUAUUAAAAUUAUCAGGAAUAUAGCAGAGAUUUGCACUCACACUCCUACUAUAAAAUUUGUUUGUGUGGAUAAUUGAAUUUUCCUUUAGAUGUGCAAUUUUACCAACUAACAUCAGGGGGCAUUGCAGACCUACUUUACUAUUGUAACAGCUGGUCUUUGAUUCAUAUUCCUUAAAUGUAGUCUGUCUCAGAAAUUCCAUUUCAUGGAUAAAGAUUGACUAAAUCCUAGAAUUCCUGAAUCAGGUAUCCACAUAAUGAAUGCAUCACUAUUUUUUUUUAGAAUUUUGUACCUGAUUAGACACUUUUAGCAAAGCUUUGCCUCGUGGGAAAAUUGUAGUCAGGUUGUGUACUGCACUGGACAUUUCUUCUAUUGAGCCAUACAGGACAAGACAGGAUACAGUUUCUUACAGCGGCAAUGGGAACUCAACUUGAGGUUUGUUGUGACUGUUUGUGUCCUUUUGCUAUUGUAACAUUCAGAUGGAGCAGAUUUGCUGCUUAUUAUCCACAAAAGUCCCAUUGCAUUUAUUAACUGAUUAAAAACUGAAGCUUUCCAGCGUCUGUUGAUGUGAAAGCAAACAAAC